AAGUUUACAACUGCAGAGUAACACAAUACGUUCAAACAGACUACUGCGAGAACAUGUGUGGUCUAUCUGCAGUGAAAUCUGGGCUAAAUAUGCUGUUUCAGGCGGGAAAACCAACCUGACAUUCGCGUUUUAUUAAAGUUACACCUAUGGUUGUCCUUAUGGAUGGUUCUGCUUCUUGGAAUGGCGAAGUCAAAAGCAACUCCGUCGAUCGUAGCUGUAAAGACGAGUGCGGAAAAAUCGACCGUAGCUCGUUAGAUAUACCUUCGUCAAUUCCAAGCUCUUGCAUAUACCGCUACAAUGACUUUAUAUGUUCCAAAAUCGCUGAUGGAUUUUAUGGAGAUGUAUAUAAGGUUCAGCACCGCGAAACAGGGGAAUUUAUGGUUUUGAAAAUGAACAAACCCGACGUGGAAAAAGAUGAUUGUACGAUGCUGGAUGAAAUCAAGUUAAUGAGUCAUCUCUCCCACGAGAAUGUCAUCAGAUUUCUUGGAAUUUGCGUCGAUGAUAAUAGAGUACAUCUUCUCUGCGAGUUUGUCAAUGGAGGUGACCUCGAAGGACUUUUACUAAAGCAUUCAGUUCAUCUUGAAUGGUCGACAAGGCUGUACCUUGCAAGAGAUAUCGCUGAAGGAAUGAGUUACCUCCACGAUAAUAAUGUUAUACACAGGGACUUAACAUCAAAGAAUUGCUUGAUAAAAGAGAGGAAAGGAUGGAGAUACGCUAUCGUUGCAGAUUUGGGAUUAGCAACUGACAUAAAGGAACAGUCAAUUGUUGGUUCUCCGUACAACAUGGCUCCAGAGCUUUUACGUGGCGAGCCUUAUGAUGACAAGGCUGAUGUGUUUUCCUAUGGAAUUAUUUUAUGUGAAAUAAUUGGACGGGUACAAGCGGACCCUGAUGAAUUGCCUCGGACUCAUUCUUUUGGUUUGGAUGUGGAGAAGUUCCAGUUGAUGACCGGAGAUUGUCCAUACGAGUUUCUUCAGACAGCUCUCUGGUGUUGCCAGAUGUGUCCCAGAUCCAGGCCGAAAUUCGCAGUAACAGCUAAACACUUAGAAUUUAUUCUUGAGGGAUACACUAAACGACCCGAACUUAACAAAGCGAUCGAGACGAGUCCAUCAACGGAGGAAAUAAAAUAUGAAAACGAAACUGCAGCUGUGGCAGACCAUGAAAUUUCGCCAGAAUCUUCACCUCCGGCCAUCAUCGUAAGCACCGACGAAAUAUCACCGGUGGCGAUUCGGUCGAACGAGAGGCGCCGACAGUCGUGGAUCGCCGGCCGAUAUAAACUGUUCAACACAGGUACCGAUGAUUUGUUGAAAAACACUCCGGGUAAAUUGAAGAGUUUCUUUCAUCGGGUCCUUCGUCUACAGACUCAUUACGACCCUUCGAAGCAGAAAAAAAGCAAAGAGAACUCCAAAAGUAGAUCUGCUUCCCAGUUGAAAAGCUUCAGUGUGAUGAACUCUGAUGACGAAAAUGUCCCUAAUCUUGAACAAGCAAGCUCCCCGAAUACAGAUGCGAGGAGGUGUCUUCGAUUGGGGAGCUCAGAACAGGAUAAGUCGUGCGAAUUGGGAUAUCAAGAAGAUUCCUUAGACGGAGUAUUUUCCCCUCUGAGUCCCUGUUCGGAAAGUGCUAUUUUUGUAACUUCGCCGUCAAGUCGACCGUUGUCUCCGAAGAUGCCCGAGGCCCCUCAGUCCCCUCCGAAUCUACAGAAUCCCGCUGAGUGCGACACAACUUUGUCCAAACUGUAUGUUAAGCCGAGAAGCGAGUCAACACCGUUGUUUCACGAAUCCAGGUCGGAGCCGAUAUCGAGACACUCAGCUUCCCACAGGGAUUGCCAAGUGAGCAAUGUCGAUCAAACAUCGUUCGUUACGCAAGGUGACGUAUCGGGGAAGAUAAAAGACAAAAAGUCGCCCUUCUGGUUUCUUAAAAGAAAGGGGAGCAAAUUCAAAGAUACGGAGUAGGGAAGCGUAGAAUUAUCCAAAGAAUUUCCGUAGUGAGUGGUCAGUAGUGAAUCCGCCCGCCAACCAUUUCGUAAGUCGAAGUUAAGUUAACUUUUCCAGAGGAAUUGGAGGCUUGUGUGAGAAGGAGCAAUUUUUCAAUUGAGUGUUAAAAGUGGCCCAGGCUUUCGUAGGGUUUUUUAGAGCCUACUCUGUGAUUGGCCUAGAAGCCUUGCGCCACCCUCUCUCAACCAAUCAGAUUCAAAGCUAAUACCAAUUGCGACCUUGUAUCUCGUUUGUUCCCGUGGUUAAGGUGAUUCCUCAAAGAAAAAGUUCCCAAACAAUUUUUCCUACUUGUACCCUACCAAUGUCUGUUUCGAGAAAAUACAAUCAAAGAGAUAUGUCACCGUGCUUGUUUAAAGAGAGAUGAUGGGCCAAUCUUACCUUAUUUAGGCCUGGCUAAUCACGCGCGUCAUUUCAUCGGUUCACGUUACAGUUUGCGGUGGCAGGAAGCAAGGGUUUUUAAAGUAACUUGAAAAAUUACUUGUUAGGUAGAAAGUCUCGAGCGUAUGGAACAAUUUGAUGUAUAAUUUGUGGGAAAAUCUCGCAAUUUUAAGUGACAUCGAAAAGUUCCUCGAGUCGUUGCAUUCAAGGUCAUAAUAUGCAUCCUCGAAUAACGGGGUUCGUGCGCGCUUUUAGCUAUAUCUUUUUUUUUCCCUUCAAUUAUUUUUUUAAUUUCUCAAAUUUUGUACACCAAAAUUAUUCGAUAAAAAUAUGGGUUACCGUGCAUGUUCAAGAGCUAAAGACCAUUGGACCUCUUUACCGGUCCAUGAUUUAAAAACAACACCUUGUUCACGGAAUGCGCGCGCUUAUUUGCCUGGUUACGGGAUUUUUAUGCGCGGUACAGGAUGCGCAAUACUGAGGAAUCACCUUAAGACUUCACUUUUAUUUAUUUUGAGAUUUCAUUGGUGCGUUGUGUUUCUUACCUCUGUUCUGAUUGGCGGUCGUGAUUUCCCUACUCUUGGUCUUUUAACACUCAAUCGUUGGGCGCUCUGAUUUCUCGUAAGCUUUUCUCUCUCCAUUCUGCCUUGUGGAGCGAUCUUUGCUGAUGUCCUUUUAUGUACUAAAUUAAGAAUGAAGAGUAGGCAUCAAACAAAUUCCGCCAAGAACAUCUCAUGAAGACUGAAAAUUUUUGUUGAAAUUUUUUUUUUUUGUCAAAAAUUGUUUAGCUGUUCUUGUGAAAAGCAGCAUCAGCAAAGGUCGCACAAUUGUAACGUUAAAAAUGCCAUAAAACCAAAAACUUCCAAAAAAUAUUUGUUACCCCGUCACGGCCUUAAAAUACCUUGCUAUAAAAAUGGCUGUUUUGUUUAAGAAUGGCAAUGCAACACAUAACUGUUUUUGUUUUUCAACUUUUUUGGGGGGUUAUUGUGAUAUAUUUUUUUAAACCCGUUCUAACUUAAGAUAAGAAAGCCAACCUCUAUGUUAAUGAUAUUAUUUUGUCAUCGGUUUGUACAUUAUAACAUUUUUCAGCACAAGGUUGAUUUGUAUAUGCGUACAAUUUCAUUCAGGUGGAAAAUAACAUAACAAAGGCGAUCGUUAAGUUCGAUACAGAAAUUUUUUAAUUUGGUGUCGAAGUUAAUCAGCUAUUGCAUUGGUAUUCACUUUUAUUCUCUCUGUGGUUGGUCCAACCAAUCCCACUUGGUCGCCCGCGUUUUCCCGCGUAUAUCACGCAAACAGUAAUUCGUCUUCACUUCUACACAAAAACGUUGAGACAUCACUUAAAAUAGUAAGUUUAAAAGUUCUAUUUUAAAUAGAAAAAGGGAACUUGGGAAAUAAUGGAUUUAUUAAUUUUUUGCGAACGUGGCAAUGUUUGGUAGCCAGACAUUUUUGGACAACAGAAACGUAAUCUAAGUGAUAGGUAAAAUGCAAAUUUCUUCUUCACCUAUUUUCAUAAGAUAAUUCACAUUUGUGUUCACAAUUUGUUUUCGUCGUAAGCGUGUCCUGAUAUUCACAGAGGAGAUGGCUUUGUAAUAGGGAGUACCUUUCAUUUAUUAUAUCAUGCAUCGCAAGUAAAUUGUGAUUUUCGUUUCACAUCAUGUCAUUAUGAUAGAAUUUCAAGUAUAUUUGAGCCGAUAAAGGUGAAAUUAUAAGAUGUACAGUUAUAUGUGUUAAACGCUAUGUCAGUUCAAAGUUGAAAUAUUUGUAAUUUGAAAAGAAUGAGAAUUUUAAUGAUUGUGAAGUUAUAUAAUUUAUUUACGAGAAUGAUAUCGGUUGCCUAAGUUUAGGGCUGUUCGGUUUAUCCAAGAAUAAUUUAACACUGUCAGAAAAAACAGAGAUUAAUUAAAUAUUUAUAGUUCACCGUUAA